AUGAACGCAAAACAACCCGAAAAUUCGAAGCAAUCCACCAUAAGAAUCCGAGACAACCAGCGGCGUUCUCGCACACGACGAAAGGAAUACCUCCACGAUCUUGAGCAGCGAUUGCGUGCGUUCGAGAAACUUGGCGUGACGGCCACUCAGGAGGUUCAAGCUGCGGGAAAAAAGGUCGCAACGGAGAAUGCUCUGUUACGAUCUCUGCUGAUGCUCCACGGUGUGACUGAGCCCCAAAUCAAUCAGUAUCUGGAAGUAAAUGGAGAGUCGCCGUCCUCCAUUCCAUCUGAGUCCCAUUUAGUACUCCCUUCGGGGCUGAAAGGCCACCUUCAAACAGCCCCAAGUCAACCGCUCAGCGCAUACCACCAUUCACCGAUAAUUCUACCUCGCAAUUCGGUAAACAAUACAUCUUAUGAGCCUGGCAGUAUAGGUUCUGGGUAUCAAGAAUCGGAGCGAAAUGAGAAUAGCGGUGUGAUUGAUCCCGAAAAUGAACAAUACCAUUCGGGAGGAGCGUCCAUACAUCCUGCCACAGCCGAACCUGAGAAUGAACCACGGCAGACUGAUAAUCGCCAAGAAACAGGCCAAUUCACAUCACCCACUCAGACGGUCGUGAUGUGCGAUCUGAGCUGGGGUGCAAUUCUGAAGGGGAUUGCAUGGUGA